AUGGAUACAGAUAAUUUUUUACAUCCCAUAAUACGAAGGCGUGUUCGAGCUCUGAAACGAAUUCAGUAUGAUGGUUUACAGUUAGAAGUUCAAUUUUAUAAAGAAUUAGCUGAAUUAGAAAGAAAAUACACGAAAAAGUUUGAAAAGUUGUACAGUCAAAAACUUUUGCCUUCUAAAUAUGAAUGUUCAACUCUUCAUACAUCUGCUAAAUUUAAUAUUCUAACAACACACACUACAGAAGAAGACGAUUUCUUUGAAAUCAUUAUCACUGAUUUAAAUGCUCUUUUAGGCAAUUCAAAGCGUCAUGCAAUUGUAUCCGGAACUUAUGAGCCCACCAUAGAAGAGACAGAAUUUUUCCUUAGUCAGGAUGACGAUGAUGACCCAAAUAUGUCAUAUAAAUCGUCGAAAUCAACAAAUGAAGGUGAUAUUCUUGAAGAAUCACAAAAUGGUAUGUUCAUAUUACGUUAUUGUACAAACUCAUAUUAUUUUUAUAAAAAUUAUUAUAACAAUGAUUCAGAUAAUGUAACUAAAAAUGUACCUGUUGGUAUACCAGGAUUUUGGUUAACAGUACUGAAGCAUUCACCACUAAUAUCAGAUCUCAUAAGUCAAUCAGAUUCAGCAGUGUUAUAUCAUUUAAUUGACUUACGGUCGAUUCCAAUUGAAGAAAAUGGAAAAUCUGGAUUUCAGUUAGAGUUUGAAUUUGAAACAAAUAAUUUUUUCACGAACAAUAUUCUGUAUAAACGUUAUUUCAUGGAUUAUGACGUUAAAAAUGACAAUCCAUUCAGUUACAAUGGACCAGAAGUAAAUUAUUCAGAAGGAUGUCAUAUUGAUUGGAGACCAAAUAAAAACAUAAUGGUGCAAAAUUGCCUGAAAAAACAUCAGAAUAAACCCAAAAUUGAGAACACUUAUUCUUUCCCACAGUAUCAGGUUUCAGCGGAGGGUGUGACAACUUCAACAUCUUCAUCUACAUUAUCAUUAAACGAUGAAUCAUUUUUCCAGUUUUUCAGUAUUUCUAAUCAAGCUUUAUCAGGAAAAGCAAGUGAUCCUGCAUUUGAACACAAGAUAUUGGAAGAUUAUGAUAUCGGUCAGUAUUUAAAGGAACGUGUUAUACCUCGUGCCGUUACAUAUUUUACUGGUGAAGCCUUGGAAUCAGAUGAUGACAAUGAGGAUGUUGGUGCUGAUGGUGGAUAUGAUGACAUUGAUGAAGAUGAUGACUUUGAAGUAAGGGAAAUGUUAAACGAGAUUCAUUGGACGAAUAUUUUGAACUAG